AUGCCCGUCCACAGGGCCGUCAUCGCUCGCAGUCCAUUCGUCGCCGCCCUCCUGGAGACUCCGAUAUACAAGCAGGGACACUAUGAGAUCAUCGCCGUGUUCGCUAUUCAGGCCAACAUGAUACAAGGCUUUGAAUAUGCCGCUCGUAACCUGUACGGAUCGCCUCAUCUGCAGGGUGAAAAUCUCCGAGCAACGACACUUGCACUGCUUGGGUAUACCGAAGACAACGAAGACAUGUUCCCAUUCCCAAUCAAGAUAGCCAUGGUGGAUCUGGCGUUCUCGUACGCAACAUCAGGUGCAUUCUUGCAAGUUAACAGUAUCCUCGAAGCUGGCGUGAGAAUGGUAUUGAAUCUCAUCGAUUGGGAUACAGUCGAGGCCGUCUUUCACUUCGGCCUUCGCGUUGAGAACUUCUCCAUCUCUUUCGAGAGCAGUGUACCUUCCAGUCUCACUGAGGUCCAUGACAGUCAAGUAACGCCGGUCAAUCCGUCGACCCGAAGCCGAGAGCUGCAUGAGAUCUGGGCCCCCCUGCUGGUCCGGGCCGCGUUGACGUUCAUUGUGGACCAUAUCGAUGCCGACUUUGUCUUGGACCCCCAAGCCCAGAGCAUAAGCAUUCCCAACCGAAUCCCAGAGCAUCUCCAGUCCGUGCCCGGGGCGAUCUGCUCGAACCCAGGACUUGCCACAGUGAAGUUUGGAUCGUUGACUGACAAGAAGCCCGGCCGCAAAAACACGAUCGCCUCUGCUAUUCUGAUUUCGCUCCCCUACGCCCAGCUGAAAGAGGCUUUCAAGACUUUGAAUGCUCGGCGGGUAUUGUCCAGCAACCUUGCCCAGACAGUCGUAGUUGAGCGGGAGGCACGACGAUUGCAGGCUCUGCGGGAGCUGGCUCGACAGGGCGGCACACGCGGCAAGGAUAUCCCAGAUGAUAUCAAAGAACUGGGGUAUCAAGAAUUCUUCGUCUCCAAAGGGGUGUACUCUGAGGCACCAGGUUCCGCAACGGUGUCAAUGGAGAUCAUGCUUGAUCGGGAGUGGACUGGUCUUGUCGUGCCGGAGAUCACGGUAGUCAAUCACACCUUCUCUCCCAAGUAA